GUGAAGCCAACGCCAUCAAGGACGCCGAGUACGCCUUCGCACGGAGGAGGAUACUACCCCUCACCGUCGAGCCAUCCAACUCCUGUAAAGCCUUCUCCUUCAACUCCGAUCAUUACACCUCCUGUGACUCCGACACCGACUGUCCCGGUUACUCCGACACCAACAACUCCGGUGACACCUACGCCGUCCAUUCCUGAUCCUAGCACUGUUCCGCCGUUUGCCCCUGGAUCUUGCAGCUACUGGACCUCUCACCCCGAUGCCAUCUGGUCCGUCGUCGGAUACUGGGGCUCCAUCAGCAAAUCCUUCGGCGCAGCCUGCAGUGCGGCCUUCGGCGGCAAGAACCUGAGCCUCCACGACGCCCUCACCAACCCCCGCACUGACGGUAUUGGAGCUCUGUACCGUGAGGGUACGUGUUUGAUUUAG